AGCCCCGCCGGCCCCGCCAGUCCCGCCAGUCCCGCCAGCCCCGCCAGUCCCCGCCAGUCCCCGCGCAGUCCCAGCGCCACCGGGCAGCAGCGGCGCCGUGCUCGCUCCAGGGCGCAACCAUGUCGCCAUUUCUUCGGAUUGGCUUGUCCAACUUUGACUGCGGGUCCUGCCAGUCUUGUCAGGGCGAGGCUGUUAACCCUUACUGUGCUGUGCUCGUCAAAGAGUAUGUCGAAUCAGAGAACGGGCAGAUGUAUAUCCAGAAAAAGCCUACCAUGUACCCACCCUGGGACAGCACUUUUGAUGCCCAUAUCAACAAGGGAAGAGUCAUGCAGAUCAUUGUGAAAGGCAAAAACGUGGACCUCAUCUCUGAAACCACCGUGGAGCUCUACUCGCUGGCUGAGAGGUGCAGGAAGAACAACGGGAAGACAGAAAUAUGGUUAGAGCUGAAACCUCAAGGCCGAAUGCUAAUGAAUGCAAGAUACUUUCUGGAAAUGAGUGACACAAAGGACAUGAAUGAAUUUGAGACGGAAGGCUUCUUUGCUUUGCAUCAGCGCCGGGGUGCCAUCAAGCAGGCAAAGGUCCACCACGUCAAGUGCCACGAGUUCACUGCCACCUUCUUCCCACAGCCCACAUUUUGCUCUGUCUGCCACGAGUUUGUCUGGGGCCUGAACAAACAGGGCUACCAGUGCCGACAAUGCAAUGCAGCAAUUCACAAGAAGUGCAUUGAUAAAGUUAUAGCAAAGUGCACAGGAUCAGCUAUCAAUAGCCGAGAAACCAUGUUCCACAAGGAAAGAUUCAAAAUUGACAUGCCACACAGAUUUAAAGUCUACAAUUACAAGAGCCCGACCUUCUGUGAACACUGUGGCACCCUGCUGUGGGGACUGGCACGGCAAGGGCUCAAGUGUGAUGCAUGUGGCAUGAAUGUGCAUCACAGAUGCCAGACAAAGGUGGCCAACCUUUGUGGCAUAAACCAGAAGCUAAUGGCUGAAGCGCUGGCCAUGAUUGAGAGCACUCAACAGGCUCGCUGCUUAAGAGAUACUGAACAGAUCUUCAGAGAAGGUCCGGUUGAAAUUGGUCUCCCAUGCUCCAUCAAAAAUGAAGCAAGGCCGCCAUGUUUACCGACACUGGGAAAAAGAGAGCCUCAGGGCAUUUCCUGGGAGUCUCCGUUGGAUGAGGUGGAUAAAAUGUGCCAUCUUCCAGAACCUGAACUGAACAUAGAAAGACCAUCUCUGCAGAUUAAACUAAAAAUUGAGGAUUUUAUCUUGCACAAAAUGUUGGGGAAAGGAAGUUUUGGCAAGGUCUUCCUGGCAGAAUUCAAGAAAACCAAUCAAUUUUUCGCAAUAAAGGCCUUAAAGAAAGAUGUGGUCUUGAUGGACGAUGAUGUUGAGUGCACGAUGGUAGAGAAGAGAGUUCUUUCCUUGGCCUGGGAGCAUCCGUUUCUGACGCACAUGUUUUGUACAUUCCAGACCAAGGAAAACCUCUUUUUUGUGAUGGAGUACCUCAACGGAGGGGACUUAAUGUACCACAUCCAAAGCUGCCACAAGUUCGACCUUUCCAGAGCGACGUUUUAUGCUGCUGAAAUCAUUCUUGGUCUGCAGUUCCUUCAUUCCAAAGGAAUAGUCUACAGGGACCUGAAGCUAGAUAACAUCCUGUUAGACAAAGAUGGACAUAUCAAGAUCGCGGAUUUUGGAAUGUGCAAGGAGAACAUGUUAGGAGAUGCCAAGACGAAUACCUUCUGUGGGACACCUGACUACAUCGCCCCAGAGAUCUUGCUGGGUCAGAAAUACAACCACUCUGUGGACUGGUGGUCCUUCGGGGUUCUCCUUUAUGAGAUGCUGAUUGGUCAGUCGCCUUUCCACGGGCAGGAUGAGGAGGAGCUCUUCCACUCCAUCCGCAUGGACAAUCCCUUUUACCCACGGUGGCUGGAGAAGGAAGCAAAGGACCUUCUGGUGAAGGCAACCGAGAUAAAAUGAGGAUAGAAGAUGCGUGAUCUGCAGAUAAACAAAGUGGAAAGACAGCUUAUUCACUUACUCCGCAGGCAUCUACUGAGCAUCUAUGUUGUGCAUGGCACUAUGCUAGCUUCUGUAAGGAAUAGAUACGUCAAUGGUGCCUGGCCUCCAGAGCUUACAGUGUGGUAGGAAAGAAGACAACCUUGGAAAAAAGAUACAAUGUGCUAAUUCUCCAGUAGAGCGAAGAUGUUGUGUGGUACACAGAUGAGAGAUUAUCCAUCAGGAUGAGGGGGAAGGAGGCCGCUUGUCAUCAAAGUGCUAGAUCCUCUGAAGCUCGGCUUCCUCAGCUGACAACUGGGAUGAUGAAUUUGUUUCUCUUAGAAUUUGUUUGAAAAUCACUGAGGCAUCUAGCACAGUGCCUGCCUCUCAAAGAACAUUGGUUGGAGUGGAUGAUGUAUCAAUCGUAAGAAUCAUGAGUGAUGUGAAUGAUGCAUGAUAGGGUGAUCAAUCCUGAAUAUGACUUGAACAGAAGAGAGAGAGCUCCCUGUCAGUGGAGGUAAUCAAAGAAAGUUUCACAAGGAAAAGGGGAUGAAAGCUGAGCCCUGAAAGAUAAGGCAGAAUUUAAAGAUGAGGGGAGGGAAGCAGGAGUCGACUAGGGGAGGGUAUCUCAUGGCAAGAUGGAAAUGUCAUUAGUGAGGGACAGAGACAGGAAGGCAGGUGAUGUUUUCGGUGAGCAGAAAUGUCUGGACUGGAGAGGGUCCUAAUGGGAAUGGAAGGUCCUGUGAGUCAGCGUCAGACUCCAGAGAGCCUCGAAUGCCAGCCGAGGGCCCGAGGAUGUCAGAACUCACCAAGCCCUAGAGAUCACCUUGUCUAGCCCUUCCUUUACACACGAGGAAACUGAGACUCAGAAAACUUAGCCGAGGCGAUGUGGGUAGUCAGUCUCUCGGAUAGCUGUUGUGUUAUUUCCACCGUGCAGUGGCUUUCUAAUUGGGUACUUUGGAACCCAAGUUUCCCUAGAGAGUCCUCAGCGGUCCCCAUAUGGUAAGGGGGAGAGAGGAAGUUGAGACUGCCAAGAAUUUGCCAAUCAGAUACACCGGGUGAUUGCACAAACAUUUCACCCGGAACUUUAAAAGAUUCUCCUACUUUUUUAAAAAAAGCGAAAAAACUCCACUUUACAAUAGCAUGUUGUUUGGUCUUUAUAUUUUUUUGGUAGAAUGGAGGCUUUGAAGAUUUUCAAGUACUCAGAUAACAUAAGUGAAGCACUAUUUCAGAACAUGCAGGCUGGCUAUGUUUAUGAGCAGUAAAAACAAGAGACUCUCAAUUUAGGUGUGAAUGGAGGUCAAGUCCCUGGGAAAGCCUCCUGGAAAAUCACGCAUUCCACUAUGUUUUCUAUUUUAAAGAACCUUAGGAUCCUUAAAAUGCCCUAUAACUCAUGGUUACUUCAUAAAUAAACAUCUAGCUGAUGUAAGAAUAACCGGUAACUACUCCAGACACCCAGGGGACCUGUUACUUUUCUAAGUUAAUGUUUAGACUCUCCUGUUUCUUAAUGCCCUUGACAGGUUUUAUUUAAGUUUGAAAAAUAUCCAAGUUUCUUUCCUGUCUUGCCAGUGUUCAUUUUAACUUCUUAGGCAGAAAGAACAGGAGAAGGAACAGUGCAGAGAGGAAUGUACAUAUGUGCCAGCUCAGAAAUUAUUAGAUGGACCUUGAAUUAAAUAUUGCUCCUCCAGCAGGUUUGCAGGAGCUGAGGGUAAUUCUCUUCACUCAGAUGCCUUGUAGAGUCCAAAGCUGGCUGACUGGGACUAGUUUCUAUUAUACCUGAGUCCCCACAAUGCUGGAAUCAUUCUAAGAAUGCAGCUUUGUAAGAAAUCAGACUCGAUUGAUGGAUAAUUGAUCAAAUGAUAUGACAAAUUAUCAGUGACUCUAUGCUAUUGGGUGUAAGAGACCAGGAGUUAUACUGCACAGAUGCGUGUGUGUGUGUGCGUGUGUUCAUGUACGUGUGUGUAUGCGUGUGUAUGCCUGUCCGUGUGCGUGUGCUCACAUUUGUGUUUUAGUGGGUGUGCAGGUGUAUGUGUUCAUGUCUGUGUGUAUGCAUUUAUAUACACCUGUCUGUGUGCAUGUGUAUGCAUGUGUUCAUGUGUAUGUAUGUCUGCACGUGCUCACAUUUAUGUGCAUGUGUGCCAGUGUGUGUUUAUGUCCAUGUGUGUAUACCGUCACAUGUGCCUGUCUGUGUGCAUGUGUGUGCCUGUCUAUGUGUGUGUUGCUGUCUCAUAAAUCGUCACAUCAGCCCUGUUAGGAGGGCACUUGGCUCACUUUACAGGUGAGAAAACUGACUCAGGUCUGUCAGUUGCCUGAGGUCCAAUUAAUAACACAGGGCAAAGCCGGUUUCAAAUCAGGUCUAUGCACCUCAGAAGAUAACGCGUCAGACUCCAGCAAAUUUAGAAAGGCUUCUUCAAGGGAGAGUGCCAGGACAGGUUGACUUUAGUCAGUCCUGAUGAAGGUGAGUAGAAAAAUGAGGUUAGAAAAGAAGGGGCUGGUGCACCAGGAAGCACCACGCCCUCCUGAUGCAAAAGGGUCAUCCCUGGAGACCUCAGGGCUCCUGCUCUGCUCC